CGUAGCAAAACGCCGACUGUUGCUUUCCUGCACAGGAAGAGUCCCCCUGUGCUUUAUUUUCCUUUGCUGAACAACAGCAUGAAUAUUUAACCAGGAAGGGGGGCUGGGUGUUGCUUUUUAAAAGAACGAUGGGGCACUUCUCCCUCCUGGGGCACAAGCCCCUCGUGUGCAAGUGUAAACCCCUAAGAUGUCUCUUGGCGAUAGGAAGAAAGUGAGCACUUCAGCACUGAGGAAGAUUGCUGCCGACAUGAGUAACUUAAUUGAAAGCCUGGACCCGAGGGAGCUGCAUUUCGAAGGGGAAGAAUUGGAUAGUGAUGUGGUACCUGAUCCAAAAGCCCCUGUGGGCAUUCCAUUCUCCACCAUUUAUAACACUAAAGGAUUUAAAGAGCCUCACGUACAGCUCUACCUAACUGGGUGUCCAAUCCAAGUACGUGUUCUAGAAGUGGAGCGUUUUACGUCAACAACCAAGGUACCAAGUCUACAUGUUUACACCAUUGAGUUGACACAUGGGGAGUUUACAUGGCAAGUGAAGAGGAAGUACAAGCAUUUUCAGGAGCUGCAUAGAGAACUGCUUCGAUACAAAGCUUUUAUACGAAUUCCCAUCCCAACACGAAGACACACUGUGCAAAGACAGACCAUCAAAAGGGGAGAAGCAAGACAAAUGCCGAGUCUCCCACGCACCUCUGAGAAUAUGGUCAGAGAAGAACACCUCUCCAGUAGAAGAAAACAACUGGAAGAUUAUCUCACAAAACUCUUAAAAAUGCCCCUGUACAAGAAUUACCAUGGAACAAUGGAAUUCCUUGGUGUAAGUCAGCUGUCAUUUAUCCAUGAUUUAGGACCUAAGGGCAUAGAGGGCAUGAUUAUGAAAAGGUCUGGAGGACAUCGAAUUCCCGGUUUGAAUUGCUGUGGGCAAGGAAGGCUGUGCUACCGAUGGUCGAAAAGGUGGUUAGUAGUAAAAGACUCUUUCUUACUGUACAUGAAGCCAGACAGUGGAGCUGUUUCCUUCGUCCUACUGGUAGAUAAAGAAUUCAGUAUAAAGAUUGGCAAGAAGGAGACCGAAACUCAAUAUGGUUUACGAAUUGAUAAUCUUUCCAGGUCACUGAUUUUGAAGUGCAACAGCUACCGACAUGCUCUCUGGUGGGGUCAAGGAAUAGAAGAAUUCAUUCAGAAAAAUGGCAAGAACUUCCUCAGACAUCACAGAUUUGGUUCCUACGCAGCCAUCCAGGAGAACACAUUAGCCAAGUGGUAUGUAAAUGCCAAGGGGUACUUUGAAGACGUGGCAAAUGCCAUGGAAGCAGCCAAGGAAGAAAUUUUCAUCACAGACUGGUGGCUGAGCCCCGAAAUAUUCAUGAAGCGGCCUGUGGUGGAAGGGAAUCACUGGAGACUAGACUACAUUUUGAGGCGGAAGGCUCAACAAGGAGUGAGAAUCUUUGUGAUGCUCUACAAAGAGGUAGAACUUGCUCUGGGUAUCAACAGUGAAUACACCAAGAGGACCCUAAUGCGCCUGCAUCCCAACAUUAAGGUAAUGAGGCAUCCUGAUCAUGUGUCCUCUACUGUUUAUUUAUGGGCCCACCAUGAAAAGCUGGUGAUCAUUGACCAGUCCAUAGCUUUUGUUGGCGGCAUAGACUUGGCGUAUGGCAGGUGGGAUGACAAUGAGCAUCGACUGACAGAUGUGGGCAGUGUAAAACGCAUGACAGCAGCCAGAUCUGAGUCUUCAGUGAACCUUUCUUCUAUAGCUGAAACUGUUCAGCCUCAGAUGGAGCCUUCAAUGAACCCACCUUUGCAAGGAGGCAGUGACGAUGCCCCAGAAGCUUCAAGAAUGAAAGGAGUAGGCAGACCCAAGAAAUUUGCCAGAUUCAGCAUCUACAGACAGCUCCAUCGACAUGCCUUGCAUCACGCCGACAGCGUGAGCAGUGUAGACAGUGAUUCAUGUAAAGGCUCAGUCCGCAGUUUGAAGACAGGUGUUGGAGAGCUUCUUGGUGAAACUAGAUUCUGGCACGGAAAAGAUUAUUGCAACUUUGUGUUUAAAGACUGGGUUCAGCUGGACAAACCCUUUGCUGAUUUCAUUGAUCGCUACACCAUGCCAAGGAUGCCAUGGCACGACAUUGCCUCUGUAGUGCAUGGCAAAGCUGCACGGGAUGUAGCUCGGCAUUUCAUUCAGCGUUGGAACUUCACAAAGAUCAUGAAAUCCAAAUACAGGUCCCUUUCCUACCCUUUCUUAUUGCCGAAAUCUCAGCGAACAGCUGACGAGUUGAACUAUCAAGUCCCGGAGGCUGUGCACGCCAAAGUGCAGGUGCUCCGCUCUGCUGCUGACUGGUCUGCUGGUAUUAAGUACCAUGAAGAAUCGAUUCAUUCCGCUUAUGUGGGCGUGAUAGAAAACAGCAAGCACUACAUCUAUAUAGAGAACCAGUUCUUUAUUAGCUGCGCCGAUGACAAAGUUGUGUCGAACCGAAUCGGUGAUGCCAUUGCACGCAGAAUUCUCAAAGCCCACAGGGAAAACAAACGGUACCGAGUCUACGUAGUAAUCCCCCUGUUGCCUGGUUUUGAAGGUGAUAUUUCAACGGGAGGAGGCAAUGCCCUCCAGGCCAUUAUGCAUUUUAACUACAGGACCAUGUGCAGAGGAGAGAAUUCAAUCUUGGGACAGCUGAAAGCUGAAAUUGGAGACCAAUGGAUUAAUUACAUUUCAUUCUGUGGACUUCGAAACUAUGCUGAGCUGGAAGGAAAACUCAUUACUGAACUGAUCUAUGUCCACAGCAAGCUGCUGAUUGCUGAUGACAACACCGUCAUUAUAGGCUCUGCAAACAUCAAUGACAGAAGCAUGUUGGGGAAAAGAGACAGUGAAAUGGCUGUCAUUGUGGAAGAUACUGACACCGUUGCUUCAGUGAUGGAUGGGGAAGACUACAGAGCAGGAAGAUUUGCUCAGUCUCUUCGCCUUCAGUGCUUUAGGGUUGUUCUUGGCAGUUCAAUAGAGCUGAAUGAUAUCCAGGAUCCCAUAUGUGACAAAUUCUUUAAAGAAGUGUGGGUUGCAACAGCAGCACGCAAUGCCACUAUUUUUGAGAAGGUUUUCCGAUGUCUUCCUAGCGAUGAAGUUAAUAACUUAACCCACCUGCGGGAUUUCAUCAACAAACCAAAGCUUGCUUGUGAGAAUCCCACUAAAGCAACUGAAGAACUGAAGAAAAUCCAUGGCUUUCUAGUCCAGUUCCCCUUUCGCUUCUUGGAUGAAGAGAAUUUGCUUCCCUCUGUUGGAACAAAAGAAUCCAUAGUGCCCAUGGAGACGUGGACUUAAGAGGAGUCAGCUUGGAUUUUUUUUUUAAGUAAACAAAACACAGGUCUUGUUUGGCUUCUGGUUUCACAAGAACUUUUUGCCGUAAGAAGAAAAGUCUGCACCAAUCCAAAAGUGCCUUUUUGAUGGUAGGGUUUUAGAGAUAAUAACAGCCUAGCAGAGGUAGUGUUGGAAAAAACAGAUUAUUGAUAAGUUAUGUUCUCAAUAGCAGGGUGACUUUCAAGCAAUCUGAAAAUGGGGAGUGGGUCAACAGAAGAUACUUUCUCUAAAAGUCUACAGUCAUACUCCAAGACACUUCACAUAUUCCAUGCACGCUUACUCUACGUAUAUGGUUAUCUUAAAUAGAACCUACAAACCCUUCGUUAUAAGUAACUGGGAUAAGAUAUCUGCUUAUACUAUCCAUCUUUUAUUCCAGACAACAAUUGGUAAUCAGUUUUCCACAAGGAUAACUAAGGUCACUGCUUAUAGAAACCUUUCCAGGCAAAGUGAACUGCAUCUAUAUUUCCAUUUUAAAAGAAAUCCACAUGUAAUUGUGACAACGCCUUUACUGUGAUUUGUAGACUAUUAGUGUUGUUUAUGUCUUUGAGACUUGUUAGAUAGAGUAUUUCCUUAUAACUCCUUUUUAAAUUCUGCAAAUUGUAUAGCAACUAGUGAGAAACACUGCACGAUGCCACUUUGGGCCUAACUGUGAUCACUCUUUCUUGAGUAAGUUAUAGACGUUUGCAUAGAACGUUUGUUUACUGCUGUAUUUAGAGUGAGAAGUAUUUCUUCCUGCAUGUGACCUGUUAGAACAGUAUGCGUUGAAGGUUUCUGAAACAGUACUGGUAAGUUGCCAGAUUUGUUUCGUGUACUUGAUGGCAGAAAAAAAAGGGUAUUUAUGUAAUGAUUUAGCAAAGUUCCCUGUUCUCUUCAAGAGGGACCAAUUAAUUCUUCCCUUCCUACUAAGAAACACGUGGCCAGAGAAGUCCUUCUUGUAUGUCUACUGUUUCUACUUCCAAAGAGUCUGUGAAAUCCUAUGGCUAGGGACCACACAACAUUUUUUGAGCACUGGAGUAGAUAGGUCAAAGUUUUUUGUUUUUUCACAGAUGCAAGGGGCUUACAUUACAGUUUAGGUGUGUUCCCUAUCCCCAGAUAGCAGAAUCCAUGCCACUGAUUUGGCGGUUGUGAUUGGAAGGGACUUUGAGAACUGAAAAAAAAAAGAGGGGUAGGAGUCACAUAUAAGCUAUAGCUAUAUACCCCUAACCCUUUCAUUAUAGAUUGUUCAGCCCUGUGCUGAUGAAAUUCUCCCCACCACCACUCCCCACAUAGAGAAAAGAAACAUGCUACUGUACUCUAAAUUCUAGUCUUCAUGCAAAGAUUCCAGGUUCAACCCCUGGCAAUUUCAAGGUCAAAGGGAUUAAGAUCUUUACCGGAAAUCCCAAAGCAGCUUUCUCAAAUAUGGGAUCCUGCUGUGUUGGGCUAUGAUUCUCCUCAUGCCCAGUCAGCAUGGCCAAUCAGAAUAAACAACACUGAGCUAGGUGACCAAAUCAGAUAUCAACUAUUGUCCUGUUUCUAACUUCCUGGUUCUAAAUGUCUUCAUGAGAACUUAUCUUUGUGCUAAAAGGCUAGCAGUUUUUAAGUAAGGAGAGCAAUUAUCAGAAUUUGAGGUAAGCUGUAAAACCGUAGUAAAUCUUCAUCCCCUUUCUCCAGAUCCUAUCUUGCAAAAAGUUGUCUGAAGCCUUACUGACACUGUGAUGUUAUAGCAAGACCAUACAGUUGUAUAUCCUGAUUAAUUUGGGGCCAUAUGUUGUCUUCUGGCAUUAUCUUCUUAUGUUUACAGUUAGUCCUUGUUUAAGACUGUUUGAAGUUACAAUGGCGCUGAACAAGUGGUACUUACAACUGGUCCUUGAAGUUCUGGCUGUUGCAGCACUCCGAUUGUCACAUGAUUGCAAUCUGGGUGCUUGACAACUGACUUGCACUUACAACGGUUGCAGCGUCCUGCAGUCACAUGAUCGCCAUUUGCAGCCUUCCCUGCCAGCUUCCCACAAGCGAAGUCAAUGGGAAGCCGGCAGGGGAGGUCGCAAGUCACUCCUGUAAGGUGCUAACACUCUCCCCCACCCAGCAGCAGACACCCCCAGACCUGCUGCUCUCACACUGCCCCUGGAGGGCCACCCGCAUACCCUCCCCCACCCUGCACUAGCCAUUUACCUGCCUGCUGGCCUGCUUGAAAGUCGCCUUGGACUUGCUUAACGACCCGUGAUCCUCAAUGAUAGCAACAGGGAGUGCUCGAAUUGCUGUCGCUAAGUGAUGUGGUCACAUGAUGUCACACUUUACGACCACAUUGCUUAGCGAUGGAAAUUCCGGUCCCAAAUACCGUUGUAAACCAAGGACUACUGCAGUCUAACACAGAGCAGUGGGCAGCCCUUUUCCUCUCCUACUCAGAACAAAGGUGACAUAAGCAAACAGAAACCUGAGUUACUAUUCAUGUGAAAGUGAUUGCAGUUAAAACUCAACUGACAAAUGCAGGAGGUUGUCUCUUCACUUAUUUCACCACUCCAACAGUAAGAGGGGGGAAGUCAUUCACCACUCCUGUGUUGGACUGAAGCAAACAGACUAUAGUAUCUGAAGAAUCUGUAGGUUUGCAGUUGGAAUUAAACCCAUGUGAAUAUUAUGAGCUUUGCAGUAGAUCAUUAAAAACUGCACCUAUGCAAUUGCUCAUGCAUUCUCACCUGUGUGGCUGUACUUCAACCUUGAUGACCUGAUGUGCUCCAGAUUCAUUAGGAUUGGAACUCCUAGAAUUCCCAAGCCAUUUGUAGUCUGAACACACCUGGGGAGCCCUAGGUUGUGGGAGGCUGCUGACAUUCACCGUAACACAGCUGAAACCCACUCCUAUUUGCAGAAGCUCCUUGCUCUAUCAAUAAUAGUAGGAUACGGUGGCUAUUCUGUUGGAAUGCACAGGGAACCUGGGGUCAGAAACAGGUAACAUGAAGAAAGGGACCUGUGGGCUACCACCUUCUUCUCCAGGACAAAGCCAUCUUCCUGGCCAGUAAUACUGGACUCAGUCUAAUCAGAUUUUGAUCUCUCUGACUGAGGAACUCUCAAAUACCAUAGUGUUUCAUCUUCUAGCAUGGGCAACAUUUCGGAUGUUGCUGAACCACAACUGCUAGCAGCAUGGCCAAGAUACUGGGAGUUGUAGUUUGUCAGCCUCUGGAGGCUCUCCCUCCUUUACAUUGUACUCUUUGGCUUUUAAAAGACUGUGACAAAGGUUUUAUAGUCCCUCCCAUAAAACAUAACUGGCCCUUCCAUGUUCAGCUUAAGCACCUGGUUGCCUGUAUUGCAGAAACAAUUUAAUGAGACAUAGAACAGUGCCUGGCAAAUAAGAACCAAUAUUUCUCAUGGGCAGACCAACUGCCCAGCUUAGUUGUUAACAUGCUUGGUGUUUCAUGCUGCUAAUUAGUAAUAUGGAUGGAAAUCUCAAUCAUUGUUUAAAUCCAGAGGUUAUUUUGUGAUUUCAGUAAUUCUUGCAGCACAAACUUUAGAGAAAAAACCUGUUUGGAUAAUUGUAACUCUAUAAUCUAUUGUACAUGAUUCCUUAGAUUUAUAUCCCAUCUUCUCUCAAGUAGCUCAAGAUAGUAUAUGUAACACUUCUCCAGUUUUUCCUUCACAGUAACCACCCUGAGAGGGGAUAGCCCAAAGUCACCCAGUGAACUGGAGGUGGAUUUAAAUAUGGAUCUCCCUGGUCCUCAUCCAGUCCUUUAAUCACUAUGCCAUAUGAUUACUCAGAAGAAGUUGGUUUCAAUUCUUUCCAUCAUUGCUUUUGUUAUAACCCAUCCUCCUCCCUCAGAAUGCCUGGAAGAAGGGGAAGAUUACUAACAUUUCAGUUAGAAUUUCACUUUAGCACCUUUUUUUGCAUGAAAUGCACUUUGUAGAUCAGGCAUGGGGAAAUAACCCAUUCCAAAUGUUACUGGGUUCCAACCAUCAUCAGCUCCAUGCAACAUUGAUAAGUUUGACAGAAGCUGUUUAACAACAUCUGGCCACAAGUUCAUCAUCUCUCCUAGGUGGUGGGCAAGUUGCAGAAAUGGCAGGUAUAACAUGUGAACUCACUUGGUAGUCCUGCCUGGUUUCUCAGCUCAGUAGGUUAGAAACAAACCACAGUCAACAUCAAUAAUUAUUAACUGUGUUUUAUGCCCUUCAUAAGAUACUCUGCUUUGGAUUUUGUAUGCUUGCCCCCAAAAUGAUUGGUUUCACACAACAUGCUUAACUGAUUUAAUUUAUUUUUUAGUUGUAUUGCACAUGAAAUCAUAGAUUAAUCGAAGAGACUGGAUUUUCACUUUGUGUUAAGCCAUAAAAAUACCUAACUAAUACUAAAGCUGCCCAAGCUUAGCAUGCUGUGUGAAUAGAACUAGUCUUUAACUUAACUGGUUAGGUAUGUCUUGCAAACAGCCCAUGAAUUACUACUGGUCUAAAUUGUGUUUGUUUCAUCAUGCUUUCAAGGUAUCUGUUAGAGUUGUUUGUUUUGUACUGAGAAUCACUGGCAAAUCAUUGUGUCUGAAGAACAACAACAAAUGUGCACACUUACAAGUUCACCAUGUGAAAUACAGGUGAGCUAAAGCUGGUUGCUCAAAUGUGUAAAUGAUUUGGAUGUAACCAUGGGCAGUACAGUAUUUGACUAGUGGAAAACAAACAGAAUAUCACUGACCACCCAUAAAUUAAGGUGGUUAUCACUUUGUACAGUGAGGAAGAAGUCUUAUAUUUUUUAGAAUAAUUCUAAUUAUGCACUUAAUACACAUAAAUUAACACAUGCACACUUUGUACAAAACUCUAUCCUUUCACACACACACACAAAUAUUUUUUAAGGCACCUUUUCUGGGAGUUUUUUAUGUAACAUCUCUGGGUUAUGUUCUUAUCAGGCCCAGGAAAUUAGCAGACCAGUUUUAUUAUGCAGUUCCUUGACUCAAUCCAUAGUCUUCACUCUUGUAUAAGGCCUGCAGGGAACACUAUGUACCAAAAUUACAUAAAACACAAUAUGGCCGGUAUCGGUAAUAGUCUUUUUGCUGUGCUUUUUGCUGUUACUCCUCCAGCAAUAGGCUUUUGCUAUGGGGAGCAUCAGAACUAUCCUAACUCCAUCAUUUAGGAAUGCUGAACUGACAAGGGAAAGUAUGGCUCUGAUAAGUCCAUUUUCUUGUAGGCUCCAAUCCUUGUUACGAUAGAUCCAUUCUAAUUAUGACAAUACAAUCCUUAUGGUACAGAACAUGAAACCCAUACAGCUAAAAUGUAUCUUCCCAUAGGAUCUUUCCUGCUCACUCAAGUCGUAAGAGCUUCCUCUUGUUGCAAUAUUGUCCAAGAAGGAUCAGAUUGUAUUACGUUGGUCACAGCAUAGAACCUUCUCAGCUGUGGCACCAAGUUUAUACAGCUCUGCCCUAUGAGACUCACCUGACCUUUAUAUUCUGCAGCCAGAUGAAGAAAAGCAUGUGCUUUUGAUAUGAGUAAUAUUUUAAACCUCUGUUAUAUUUUAAACUGGUUAAUGUUAUGCUGAUUUAUGAGCUAGUCUGUAUCAUUCAGUGUAAUGUUCUUACUUGUAACUGCUGAGUGCUUGCUGCAUUAGGGGACCUGUACAUGUAGACGCAGGCAGGGACUAGGAGCAAUGGCAUUCACAAAGGAAUAUACUGGGAUGGAACAGAGUUGUGCUUUCUUCACAUUUCAACUGGUGUAACGACUUCUAGGACCUCCAAACAGGAUUAUCCUCAUUGCUGUAGUUGCUGAGACUUUAUUGCCUGAUGAAUCAGGAAUUCAUGAAGCUGAAGGACAAAACUCAGUAUUGAUUGAAAUAAUCCUGCAACCAGGACAGAGUCUGAAUGAAAGUCAGAAACUAAUGGAAUUCGGAAGCUUUUUUUCUUUUCCAUUUGACCUUUUUAGGGAGAGAGAGAAAAAGUUACUUCUCUCAGUUGUCACUGAGUCCUUUGUUUUCUCUGUAUUGCAUUUUCCUAAAAUAGAUGUAGAUGCUGGGAAUAAUUGUAAUUUAUUUGUCUCCAUCCUUGACACUGAGAUAAUGGGAGAAAAAACAGCAUUAGCUUUUUAAUUGGCCAGUCAAGCUGCUGUCACAUUUAAUGGAACGUUAUCUAGGUGGCAAAGAAGCUUGUACAUCUUCGGAGGGGUCGGAACAAUUUUAUGUAUUUGUGCAACACUGUGAAUAUACCUUCUAUGAAGGAUACAUAAUUGUGUUUUUUUUUAAUUCCUAGCCUUGCUAAUGUCUGCUUUUACUAUUUUUCUCCUUUCCGCUGUAACUGGGAAUACUUACAUGUUUAUCAACUGAAAAACGGAACUUGAACAUAAAGUAUGGGAUCCAUUGCA